AUGGAGGAGAAACUAGAUAGGAUGUUCAUGAAUACCACAGCUAUUGGUGAACAUGCUUGGGCACUUUCAUGUGGUAUACUCCCACUAGAAACUGAAAAGGCAUCCAUGGGUGAUGUUAUUUCACUCAAAGGAAGUGAUGACUCAUAUGAUACCAAUCCAAUUGAAAUGAUUCAAGCUAUCAAGAAUGCUACAAGGAAAGGGAAAAGGAAACCACCUAAACAAUUGAAUAAAAAAUAG